AUGGGGUGGUCAUUAUCAACUCUGACUGUUUUAGUUCCAAUUAUUUCUUUAACUGGACUGCUUUUUUCAGCAGCAGUGGAUAAAAACUUUCCUGAGGGAUGUACAAGCACUAGCAGCCUGUGCUUCUACAGUCUCCUUCUCCCUAUAACCAUACCGGUGUACGUGUUCUUUCAUUUGUGGAAAUGGAUGGGAAUCAAGCUCUUCAGACAUAACUAGAGUAUAUUCUGCAUUACAUGUUUUGUAAGAUUAGUAUCAUUAAAUAAACUUUUUUUUUUGCCAUU